AUGUCUGAUUCAACUCAUGGACCUACAGAGGGUCCCGGAGAGUCUUCCAUAGCACCAAGCAUCCCUCAACGAGCAAGCAGCAAGAGAUCAGGUGUGUGGGAUGCCAAGUUCGCUAGUUCAAGCACAGAUGAACUUCGUGACAUGAGAGAAAAAAUCCGAGUGGAGCUGAGGGUUGCAUGCUACAAACUGAAACGAAAACGAAAGGUCCCAAUGGACGAUAAGUUAUGGGACCGUUACUUGCACCUCGCACGGCUCCACCAGCUCCAUGCCCAAGCAGAGUCUCAGCUUGGAAGCAGAGAGUUCAAUGAGACCUGUGGCGAUGCAGAGUCCUGGUACGGCGAGCCAGAUGCCCAGCGCUUCAAGUUGCAGUAUGACAGCUGGAGCCAGUGGGAAAGCAUCAUGAAGAAGCAUACGAAGAGUCUCCAAGAGCGUUUGACCUCGGGCAGUGAGAGUUUUGUCCGCCUCUUUACCGCAUCUAAAAUAGAGGCAUGGGCAGGAGAGGAAAAACUGACCGAUCCAACUUUGCCUGCGAUGGCGAAAGUCUAUUGCCCUGAUCCCCCCGCCCACCGCUAUCGCUGGGACCCCGUUGUGCAGAAAUGGAGACCGGCUUUACGUGCUGUUCACCUUUUUCCGUACCGUCAAUCUACUAGCAUGGACGAAAUCUUUGGGCAGGGCGCAAGUAAGGAAUUAUUUCAACCAGUGAACGGUUUGUUCCUGCACAGGAGGAUUGAGAAGGCCCUUAAAGAUGGCCUUCUUGCAAUUGUGCCAGAUAUCGACCUGGAACCCGUUGAUCCCCAGUUUCCCCUGAAUGAUCAACAGGAACGAAAUGAUAGGGUUAGGGAAUGGGAAAAUCGGCCGAUCAAGGACUACAAGAUCAUUGUAAUCGACAAGGUCAACCCCGAAGUCACCCAUAAGUUCUUUCUGGCUGAAGACAUGGGUUUUGAGAAGAUAGCAGACUUAGAUGGUCGAAAGCUGAUUUUUAAGACUGGCUUCCGACCACAAGCACGAUACGUCUGGUGGACUUAUUUGAAUACUAUUCUCCGAACGGCGUGGAACCCAAGAGACAGGGACAGCGACGUUCAGCACCAAGAAGUACGCAAAGUUGCACGCUACUGGGGGGCCCGUGGGAGAUAUAUCAAAGAGACUCAGUUGCUUGGAUUUGCGAAGGAGAUUGGCCAUGAUGUUGAAAGCCUCUUAAACCAAGGACAUGACCGGGAUGCCGAAGAGCCCGGGCUUGAAGCAUGCAUGAGGCUGCACUGA